AUGUUCGUCAAACUCAUCCUCGCGCUAUCUACCACGGACGAGGCAAAGCUGGGGUUCGAUACCCGGAUCCAUUGGGAGGAUCAAGACCUGUACUUCUCUCCCAAGGUGGGCGAGGCUGUCAAGUACAAAGUCUGCAAUGUGAAGCCGUUCCAUAGGCAUACAAUACGGGGGAGAGGGACAACAUGCUGGGUCGUUGAGGAUCCGGACGACAAGGGCAGCCGACUUCACCUUAAAUUCGCCUGGCGAACUCUCGAACGCGUGGCGGAGUCUGUGUUCCUCGAGUACAUCAAUAUCGAGUGUGGUGGCAUUCCGGGUGUCAGUGAGCUCCGACGCUGCGAGAACACGGAACAGAUUACGAACCUGCGUCACGGUGCUACCUUCAAGACUCGUCAAGGCAAGCUGGUGUCCGACCGUCAAUACUACUACAUUUUGCAACCUUUCUAUGGGCCACCGCUGGAGAUGGCACGGUCCGUGCUGCAACUCGUCGAAGCUUUUCGCGAUAUUAUUGCAGCCCAACGCAACCUUGCUCUGCGUGGUAUCGUGCAUCGUGACAUCAGCACGCGCAACAUGCUACUCAAUGAAAGACUCGAUGCGGGGGUAGGCACGCGGGGAAUUCUGAUUGAUUUCGACAUGGCCAAGUUUAUUGAUAGGACGACGAGCGGGGAGAGUACCGAUGGUACUCGUCUGUUCCAGUCUAUCAAGGUACUGCUGGGUCUCGGUAAGCACGACUAUCUGGACGAUCUGGAGUCCAGUUUCUACGGCCUGUGCUGGUUCGCGUUCACGCUCGAGCGCCCUUGCGUUCCUCGCGCGUCGAUACCCGUUACAUUGAAGAAUUGGGAUUCGCCGAUAUUACAGUUGGCAGCAGACGCAAAAAGGAGCUUUAUCCAUAACCCAUCGAUGGUCGCAGACCUCAUUGCACCGACGAUGAGUCCGUGUCUGGCAGGAUUGCUCCUGCGGCUCCAGACAUUCUUCAGGGAGACUGCGCUUCCCAGGAUCGCCGCGUACCAGGCUCAGCAGGAUGAAGAAGCAAGAAAAAAGAAAGAGAAACUUACGGCAACAUUGAAAAGGCUUGAGCGACUAGAAGGUACCUGGGUGUCGGAGAAACCACGUAAUGUUCCAGACCCGUUGGACACAUCGGCAGAACAGAUGGAGAAACAUUUCCAAGAAGUCCUUAAGCAUGUGGAUAAUGUCAUUACAUUGCUCAAGGAGGACCCUGAGGAGGAUGCGAUAGCAAGCGUUAUGAGCGCACCUAGCGGCAUCGACGAACAUGAGCGCCGCAUCCCUGUCUGGGAAAAUGCCUACUCUUCCGAGUCGGACGCCCAUUCCUCGUCGUCGGGGAUGACCCUGCCGUUGCCACCAAUGCAGGAAAUUCACGUGCUGCUACCCCCGCUUCAUCAAGUGCAAAAGAAAGUAAGCAAGAAACUGCUCCUGGAUCAUGUGUCGAUGCCGCCGAAGCCAUCGAAAAAGGAGAAGGCGAGGAGGGAGUCGUCCAGUACUCAGUCCUCAGGCAGCCAGAAGCGGGUUCGGGAACUCGAGGACAACCUCCAGCGCCGUGAUCUGGGAGACGCUAGACGGAGCUCGAAGAGGUACAAGAACAAGAGGGGUUUCCGGGAUUCGAGUCCGAAAUGAUUGCUGCUCGACGUUUGCCGUCUACUAGUAGUUCUAUCCCGUUUUGUCGUAUCGUUUUGCUUGCUUUGCUUUGCUGCGCUGCUCUCGUCGUCGGAACACUUGCAAGUAUCUAUUGGUGCAAUAUAUUUGAUUUGAGUGUCCUCGUUUGCAUACCUUGACGGG